GACACGAGAGCUUCUCGAAUUGGUCGUCAACUUCAGAAAGAAACAUUGACCGCACGUCGCGUGCUUGACUUACUACCUCGCUGUGCGCUCAAUUCGACAUUUUACGACCAUGUCAUUUCGUCACAGCAUUUGUCGUUUUGCGACGGCCGCUACUCCGCCUGCCGCCCCGAGCCCGUACCUCGUGAAUCUGGCGAAGGCCCAAGGCGUUGUCAAGGGAUUGACAGGCGCCAUCGGGAAUACACCACUCAUCCGUCUCAACCGUCUUUCCGAACAGACGGGCUGCGAAAUCCUGGGCAAAGCCGAGUUCAUGAACCCAGGCGGUAGCGUCAAGGACCGUGCCGCCCUAUACGUUGUCAAGGACGCCGAGGAGCGCGGCCUCCUCCGGCCAGGCGGCACCGUGGUCGAGGGCACGGCCGGAAACACCGGCAUCGGCCUCGCCCACGUCUGCAGGUCGCGCGGCUACAAGCUCGUCAUCUACAUGCCCAACACGCAGUCCCAGGGCAAAAUCGACCUGCUCCGCCUCCUCGGCGCCGAGGUGUACCCGGUCCCCGCCGUGGCGUUCGAGAAACCGGACAACUACAACCACCAGGCGCGCCGCCACGCCGAGUCGCUGGACAACGCCGUGUGGACCAACCAGUUCGACAACGUCGCCAACCGCCGCGCCCACAUCGAGACCACCGGCCCGGAGAUCUGGAACCAGACCGCCGGCCGCGUCGACGCCUUCACCUGCGCCACCGGCACCGCCGGCACCCUGGCCGGCGUCACCCGCUACCUCAAGGACGUCAGCGGGGGCCGCGUCAAGAGCUUCCUCGCCGACCCGCCCGGCAGCGUCCUGCACAGCUACAUCCAGUCGGGUGGGAAGCUGGUCGAGCGCACUGGGUCUAGCAUCACCGAGGGUAUCGGCCAGGGCCGCGUCACCGAGAACCUCAAGCCCGAUAUCGGCCUCGUCGACGGCUCCCUCCACAUCUCCGACGAGAAGAGCAUCGAGAUGGUGUACCGCUGUCUGGACGAGGAGGGCUUGUACCUGGGCGCCAGCUCCAGCUUGAACGUUGUGGCGGCCAAGGAGGUCGCCGAGAAGCUCGGCCGCGGGCACACCGUCGUGACUAUUUUAUGUGAUGGUGCCUAUCGCUACGCCGAUAGGUUGUUUUCCAAGAAAUGGCUCGAAUCGAAGAAUCUUCUUGGCGCGAUACCCAAGCAUUUGGAGAAGUUUAUUGUCCUGCCAUAGGCUCUGGGAGGGGGGGGAGGUGGGUGCAAGAGUCGUUUCUGCUUCCUCUCCUCGGUAUUUUUGUUGGGGAUUUUGUUUUGUCUGUAUAGGUACAUAUAUCUAGGUUCUACUUGUACAAUUUUUUCCUCUUCUUCCAACGCCAAGAUUAAGGUGGGAGCUGCUGUUGGGGGUGUUGGGAUAUCCAACCCCCUUGGCCUGCCAUAUUUCAUCCAGGCAACGAUCAUGGCCUGCUCCUUUGGUCCAGGAGGAUGAAGGCUUUCUUUCCUUCUUUUCUUUCCUCUUUCCUCUUUCCUCUUCUUUGUCGCCCCUUGUUCAUGCCUCGCUCGCAGUCUCUCCUCCCUCCUUCGACGGGGCCACACUGACCUCCAACUUC